CAUGACAAACAAAUGCAUGAAAUGGCGCAGCCCACGAAGACCGGGAUUUCAAACUGCAAGCGAGUUCCACGAAUUCUUCCUGAUAUGGCCGCUGAUGUCAGUGCAGAUGAUGAGGAAUUGGAGAAAAGACACUACGAGGAAGUUGUUGCUGCCUUCAGAAACUACAGAGUAUUCAUGCACAUGAGACUAAACCAGAAAUUGAAGGACUUUGAUGUCUUGCCACACCACCACCAGGCUUUGUUGCCGCGCUUUCGGGAUCAUUUGGGUGAUAUUCGGCAUUGUGUAGACCACAACUACGAGAUCAUCAAGCUCAUCAUUGAAAACACUGACUUCAUGUUUGUAAACAGAGAUGAGUAUAGUGACAAAACCAAGCAGGACAGCAGGUCAAAAGUCAACAAUGGUAUUGCCAAGCUUGAUAUGGAGAAAGUACUGACCACAAUCAAGCAGUUUGUGCGAGACUGGAGCAAAGAUGGAAUCAGUGAGAGACAAGCCUGUUACCAGCCAAUUAUUGAAGAAAUCCAGAGACGUCUUCCCCUCAAGGACUGCAAAGAGAGCAUAUCAGUUUUAGUACCUGGCGCUGGACUUGGGAGAUUAGCCUUUGAGAUUGCCAACCUCGGAUACAGUUGUCAAGGCAAUGAAUUCAGCCUGUAUAUGCUGUUUGCAUCACAUUUUAUACUCAAUCGCUCACCAAAUGUAGACUGCUUCACUCUCUAUCCGUGGAUUCACCAAUUCAGCAAUAUUAAAUCCACUCUCCACCAAACCAGGCAAGUUAGCAUACCAGAUGUCAACCCCUCGAGUCUGCAGGAGGAUGCAGACUUCUCAAUGGUAGCCGGUGACUUUCUAGAAGUUUACACCACUCCGGCUCAGUGGGACUGCGUAGCAACAUGUUUCUUCAUAGACACAGCACACAAUAUCCUUGACUACAUUGAGACAAUCUACAAAAUCCUCAAACCUGGUGGCCUCUGGAUAAAUCUAGGUCCGUUGUUGUACCACUUUGAGAACAUGGCCAAAGAGUCGUCUGUAGAGAUAGCAUAUGAUGUCCUACGCAAAGUUAUCAUAGAUUUCUCAUUCGUUAUGCUUCGGGAAGAGCCAAUACACACCAGCUACCUGCAAGACCACGAGUCCAUGCUCAAAUAUGAAUAUGACUGUGUCUUCUUUGUCUGUCAGAAGCCCUUCCAGUCAAAUGUACCUACCCAAGAAGCUGUUAAAGUCAAUGAGAAGCAAUAACUUUUGGUCAAUACCAUUAUCUUUAGACGGGUAGGAUUGCAUUAAGGAAUUAACAGCUUUGGAGAAUGUUUAGGGCACACUUGCAAAUCUUUUGCCGAUUUUUGCUGAAUUAUUUUUGCCAAACUUAAUGUCAUAUACUUAAUACUGGGUAAAUGUUUUUUCAAGUUGUAUGGCAGAUUGAAAAAUCUAUAUUUAGACUGAAUUAAGGAUAUGUUUGUAGACACUGGGGAGAAAAUUGGAAGUAGGGAUUCUAGACAUGGUAUGCUUGAAACAAUUAUUCAUUAAUAGAUGGGACAGGUUUUCUAUUCCUAUUGGUUGAAAUGCAUCAUUUGACCAUGUAUUAACAUUUGAUGAUGCCCGCUGAGAAGUGACAAUGCCCACUGCGUAAAUCACGCACCAGUGCCAAGACAGUUUGAUUCUGAUUGGUCAAGAGUCUGCAUGUGGUUCGCCACACGCACGCUAAGUCCAUGUAAGGAGAGUCUUUUGGACAACUAUAAAAUAAAACGGAUGGGGGUUUUCGGGAAAAUAAAAGUAAAAUUCUACAACAAGUGUUGGAAAUCUGUCAUUUAUUGUGCUUGGCCAGUCUUAAACCAACGUUUAAGACGGGUUCAAAGACUGAAUGCUGAUAAUGCAUUAGUCACGUCCAUUCUCCUGAGAGAAGACAGGCCAAGCACAUAUUGAUUCCCUCAACCACUUGCUGCCGGGUGCUUUUAAAAAUACAGUGCACACAUAUGGGAGAUUUUCAGUUUUCAAAAUUCUUUUAA